UGAUUGAUUGAUUGAUUGAUUGAUUGAUUGAUUGAUUGAUUGAUUUAACUUCACAAAGCAACACAGAGGCCAUGCGAGAGCCGUAGCCGUGGGCUCGGAAAAUAUUUUGGCCACUUGAGUUAUUUAACGAGCGCCCAUGUCUUGGUGCACGAGCAUUUUUGUAUUUAGCCCCUCCCGGCAUACGAUGCGGAUUUUAUCAGACGUAAAUAACGAGUUAUGAAAUGAAGAACGGAAACGUACUGGUUAUUUGGUACCGUCAGAAAUACAAUACGUCGUAGGCAUGCACACCUGCAAUGGAAUAGAACAAUAAGACAACCCAAGGAUUAAUUUCAACGGAUAAGGCAUCCGUAAGUUGCACUUCAAAAUAUACAAUUAAUUAAUGAUUCCUUGUUUCGGGAGGUAACUUGCAGUCGUUUGUGGCCCCAGCCACACUUGUCAGUUGAAUUCCGGUAGGUUUUAGUAAUAAAUCCUUGUGUAACGCCGAUCGAGUGAAGUCAUGGUGAGGCAGUCAAUAAAAUGAGUGGAAAUUAGUGUCCCGCUUGCGCAGUGUGUUUGUCACUUCUUGCAGGGUCAUUUGGCUGGCGAGCGCGUGUCCGUUCCUGGAAGUGGUGACCUACAUAACGGCCUCUCAUGUGACCCUUCCAGAAGCGCUGUGGUCCCUUGGAGCAGGAUGCAGGCGUGUCAAGACGCUCAUUGUGCCGCCCCUAAACCCUCUAAAGAAGCAAGGCUACGCUGGUCAUAGAGUUUGCCAGAUGUUGGGAAAGUGCUGGCCUGAACUACAGGUCCUGUGCAUCGGUGGAAGGAACCUCACACUGGCAAGCCUCUGCUGCAUUUUGAGGUCCUGCGUGAACCUGUCGUCUUUCGAGAUUGACAGGGGACGAGACAUCGAUGAGGGAUCUGCCGCUGUUCUGGCUGAAGCUGGGUUACAGCGAAUCCAGCAGCUGUACUUAACGCACACCGUCAUCUCACCCGGAGCUGUCAUGAUAUUGCAUGGAGGCUGCCCAAGGCUGAAAAACAUUAGCGUCGUUCUGCACAGACGGGACUUCGAUUCCUCGUCGGCAUUCAGCAACUUCGUCGCUGGUUUUCGGGCGUUGCAACAAACGGCGCCGUUCGACACUUUCGUCAGGCUGGGCUUCACCGACGAACAAGAAUAUCUUGCCGAAGAAAAGAAAUAAACUGAACGAUGUGGAUGAGUUGAUGAUUAGUGUGGUUUAUUGGCGCAAGAAUCAGAUGUGGCCAAGGAGCGC